AGGGUUAACUCUGGUACUGGGCCACAGACACAAAUAUGGUGACUUGAAAUGUACAAACUGCGCAUUUUAAGUUUGAUCUUGUGCUUACCCGGAACCCUCGAAAGGGGACGAGUUUAACGGAAGGACACUGUUUCAAAGAUGGGAGACGUACCAGAUAAUGCACCAGAGCACUGCCCAGGUACACAGAGUGAGCAAGCAGGGAAGUCUGCAUCAUGCCAGGGCUGUCCCAACCAGAAACUGUGUGCUUCUGGAGCUACCAAGGCCCCUGACCCUGCCAUAGCAGAGAUCGGAGUGAAGCUGUCAACAGUCAAACACAAGAUCCUUGUGCUGUCUGGAAAAGGAGGAGUGGGGAAGAGUACAUUCAGCGCUCACCUGGCCCACGCCUUGGCAAGUGACAGCACAAAGGAGGUUGCCCUGCUGGAUGUAGAUAUCUGCGGUCCGUCCAUUCCUAGGAUCAUGGGCUUAGAAGGAGAACAAGUUCACCAGAGUGGGUCAGGCUGGUCUCCUGUGUAUGUGGACGACAACCUUGCUGUCAUGUCCAUUGGCUUCCUGCUCGGUAGCCCUGAUGAUGCUGUGAUCUGGAGGGGACCCAAGAAGAAUGGAAUGAUCAAGCAGUUUUUGAGGGAUGUUGAUUGGGGGGAACUGGACUAUCUCAUCGUGGACACGCCCCCUGGCACGUCUGAUGAGCACCUGUCAAUUGUCCAGUACCUAAGCUCCACCCACGUCGAUGGUGCUGUCAUCAUCACCACACCACAGGAGGUGUCGUUGCAAGAUGUGCGAAAAGAGAUCCGGUUCUGUCAGAAGGUCAAGCUGCCUAUCAUCGGAGUGGUAGAGAACAUGAGUGGCUUCGUCUGUCCUAAAUGCAAGAACACGUCGCAGAUCUUCCCUCCCACUAGCGGGGGCGCUGAGCAAAUGUGUGCCAAUCUAAAUCUGCCUCUGUUAGGCAAGGUACCCCUAGACCCAAGGAUAGCACGAAGCUGUGACGAGGGCAGGUCUUUCCUUAACGAAAUACCAGACUCUCCUGCGGCUGAAGCCUACCAGAGAAUUGUGCAGAGUAUCCAGGACUACUGUUCCAACCGUGUGACAGAGGAGCAGAGCACCACCUGAACACACUCUAAUGGUGGCCAUUUUGGACCAGAACACUGAGACAGAUCACAUGGGUCUGGUAGAAAUGAUUAAUUUCUGAAUAAGAAAACACAGAGGAAAUCCCAUAACAUUUGUGUUGUAAUGUUGACCAAAGUCUGGCAGAAUUAUCUCAAUAACAUCAUUAUAAUGCAUGACUGGCAGCAGCUUGCAUAGCCUUUGGUGAACUGGUCAGACCUUGCCGGUUAGUUUGUUCUGUAGUGAGUAGCCAGUGCACCAUUUACAGAAAAAAAGUAUUCAGGAUUAUAAAAAUAAUAAAACAUUAUCAUAAUGAUGAUAGUUUUUGUAAUAUUAAGACUAUUUCCACAUUGUAAUAAAGUGAAAAAAAUAAGCACUUGGGCCAAAUUUUGAACAUCAGCACUUGCAUUACAAGACAAACUGCAACAUAAAGAGAGAUGGCAAUAAAUUCUGUUUAAACAUCACUUCAAAUCUUAACUUUACUUAAGCUGAGAUAAAUACACAUUUUAAACCCUAUAAUUAUAUAAUUAAUAUGAUUGCACUAAGGCUAUAUGAAAUGUUUACUUAAAAGAACAUGGCUAGCAAUUUUCUAUAUUUUUCUUACUGUCAACAAGUCCCAUGAAAAGACCAAAACCAACAAUGUUGUAGUCGAUUUCUAAAUACUUUGUCUUCUCUACCCUAUCUGUGGCACUCAGCCCCAGUUCAACUGAUUUCUACUGAAGAUAUAAAUCUUGAGUCACAAAUAUACAGCAUACUUUCAUUUUAAAAGAAAAAUGCUACAACAGCUGGACACUGUAGUUUUUAGCAAACGUUACUGAAACAGGAGUAAAUAGUGCAUUUGUAGGGGACUAUUUUCGGUUGCAGAAUAACACGUUUAAUACUGAGUGAGUAUUUAUGGCAGCAGAACAAUGUAUGUGUAACUGAGUCAAAGUAAACUGCUGCUCCCUGCUUAUAACAAAGGAACAUGUCGUCCAGUGCAACACUGUGGCUCACUCAUGUGUUUUUAAUAGUUUCUGGACAAUAAUGGAUUUCAAUGGCAAAGAGGAAUAAUCUGUAUCAGAUUAUUGUCAUGGGAUUUGGUUAUCUCAUGGGAUUUGUUGACUAUAAGAAAAAUAAAAACCAUCACCAGACUUAUCCUUUAAUAAUAAAGUAUACGUAGGGACCUGAGCACGGUCAUACCUCAAAUGACAUUAAGACAUGUAGUUUAUUUUCUCUUUUUCCUCAGAAUAAGACUGUUAUGGAUCUUGUGAAGCAACCUAAAAUUAAGUUAAGUGCACUAUGUCAGUUACUUUAGUAGAUUAAAACAGAUAAAUUAUCUCCCCUAUGCUGUAGCAGGACAGAUGGUUUUAGGAAAGUUAAACCUGUGAUUAUGCAGUAAUUCAAGUAGUAAAGACAUUUAACCAUCUGUGACCGUGUUGGGCUUCCACCCAGCCCUCACUACAUUUUGUUGGAGUAAAUAAAUAGUAAGCAGGAAGGGGGAAGUCACCACAAUCAGCUGGGGAUUUUAGGUCCCCAGUUGGUCAAGUCCUAGAUACAGAACACAGUACACAGUAUCACCAGUAUGGUAUGAAGUUUCAGAUUCUCAUUUGAUUGAUUGUGAUUGUAAUCAUUCCACCUUAUAAAUGAGGAAACUUCUGUAGGGAGAUGAUAAGUAAGUUUCUGAGUCAACUAAAUUGUUUGCUUUGUUAGCAUAUCUUUAGUUUUGAAAUGCAGAUAACAGAUCAGAGACGUGCACAUUAUGCAUUUAAAGGUCAUGGAGGUUACUCAUUUCAUAACACCAAGAGCCAGUGGCCAUACUUUGCAAGGUUUGGAAAAAAAUUGCGGUUUUCAUACACCAAAGCAAAAUGUACCAAAUUUGGAUCAUAGUAUGUUUUAAUUUACUUCAAUAACCAAAUGUAAAGUUCAGGUGUAGUUAUGUCUUGAGUGACUCAGUUGUUCAUGAUUUGAAAAUAUCAGUUACCAGCUCUAUAACUUUUAGAGGUUGAUUCCCUGUUGUCAAUUAUUCUUUUCUUUUAUUGAACUACUGAUUUGUUAUAAACAAGUGUUUUGGACAGAUAUUGUGUGUGAUGUACUUCCAAUGACUGAUUUAUGAAAUAAAUGAUCAAACAUAAA